UUUAGGAGAAGAGUCCAGACGCUUCUCCAGAUGACCCUGCUACUGUCCGUUCUCUUCCCACCCUCGGAGCCUCUACCCUGGGACAGUGACUCCAGAAGAGCCCCUGAGCAGGAGUGUGACGGCCACCAGGAGGAUGUGUGUGGUGUGUGUGGCGGUGAUGGGAAGUCAUGUGAUCUUAUGAAUGGAACAUUGUCUCCAUCUCUUCUCUCCCUUGGCUACCACAAACUUCUAGAGCUUCCUGUGGGAGCUCAACGAAUCAAAAUCCAGGAGAUUCAGAAGACCCGUAACUACCUGGCUCUGAAGACGCACAGUGGUGAGCCAGUAAUAAACGGGGCGUGGGCAAUUGACAGGCCAGGGCGGUUCCACGCUGCCGGAACGGUGCUGACCUACAAACGGCCCAAUGAAAUCCGCAGCAGGGCCGGAGAGUCCAUCACAGCUCCAGGACCGACAAAUCAGGAGCUCCACCUCUAUGUUAUUUAUCAGCAGUCAAAUAUAACUGUGUACUACGAAUACAUUCUGCCCAAAGACAAAGACAUCAGCACUCACUCUGAUACACACACUCUCUCAGCAGUACUGCCUCUGGCAGAGAACCAUGGACUGGAAAAUGGAGGGACUGCAGGCCAAGUGGGCAGAGCCCACCCUAAUCUGGUGCCCUCUGACCCCUCAACCCCUAGACCUCUCCCUCCCUACAGCUGGGUUGCCAUGACAACCACUCCCUGCAGCGCCACGUGUGGGACAGGCAGGCGGCAGGUGUUGUUCAGCUGUGUGGAAAGAACCACUCAAACCACUGUGCCCGGAGACCUCUGCGGCCCCACCCCCCGCCCCACCCCCCAGGAAGAGGACUGCCAGUUACAGCUUUGUCCAGCCUUUUGGGAUGUAGGUGAGUGGUCAGAGUGCAGUAAGACGUGUAGUCUGGGUGUCCAGCACCGGCAGGUCCUUUGCCGCCAGACCCGAGGGCGCCAUGGCAACAGCACGGUCACUGUAGCGUCGGCACUGUGCGAGCACACAGAGAUGCCUGAGACGACGGCUUCAUGCCAGCUGAAGAUCUGCAGUGAGUGGCAGAUACGAUCAGAGUGGAGCCAGUGUUCGGUGCCGUGUGGUGUGGGUCAGCGCAGUAGGGAGGUGGUCUGUGUGGAUAAUCUGGGUGACGUGGUCCCUGAUGAAGAGUGUAACCUGUCCCUGCGGCCGCAGCACCUGGAGAACUGUGACAUGGGGGUCUGCGCUCAGAGCUGGUUCUUCACACACUGGAGUGACAGAUGCUCUGCAGAUUGUGGUGUGGGCAGUCGCAGUAGGUCGGUGGUCUGUAUGAUGAGUCAGAUUAGUUCCCUCCCGCUGGAUGACUGUGAUGAUGACAAACCAGAGGAACUCACACCCUGCAACUUGGGACCCUGUACAGAGCGAACAGAGUGGUACACGGGACCCUGGGGACAGUGCUCAUCUGAGUGCGGCAGUGGUACCCAGACUCGGGGCGUGGUCUGUGUUAUCCAUAGCAACAGCCAAUUGGAAGUCACUUCGGGCACAAACUGUUCCCAUCUGCCCCGCCCCCCGGAUUCACAGCCGUGCCAUCUGAAGAGCUGUGGACCGCAGUGGUACACCACAGACUGGAGUUCGUGUUCUCGUUCCUGUGAAGGAGGUUACAAGGUCCGAGAAGUUCGUUGUCUAGGAGACGACCUGACCCCUAGUGAUGACUGUGACCCUGCUCUGAGCCCUGCUACUCGAGAAGAGUGUAACACACACAUCUGCAUACCAGAGAUCGACGAAUCCUGCAGGGAUAUGUACUUUAACUGUGUGCUGGUGGUGCAGGCUCGGCUGUGUGUGUACUCCUAUUACCGCACAGCCUGCUGCGCGUCCUGCUCUCGAGCCUUUCAGAGGGGCACAGUCCGGACCCUCAGGUGAUGACAUCAUCCCAGAUACGGCACUGCUUGUUAAUUGUAUGGCUUCAUGAGGCGUCCCUGUCUGAGGUCUGUCAAGCAUUGACCUCUCUCACAUUUCUCACCGGCUAGCUGGCAUAUAUGAUGCUGAUGUCUGUGGAAUAUGACAGCAUUACUGACUUCAUAGCUCACCCUGACAUCAUACCUCUCCAUUUUAAAGAAUAAACCAUAAAUAAAGUG